AUGAUGAAUACUAUCUUUGUAAUUGAUACCAAUACGAAUAAAAAACGAAGACAAGCUGGUCGACGACGAUCAAUUGUACGAGAAUUUGCUUUGAAUACAUCCAUUCAUGGUAUUCCAGGUAUUGCUCGUAGUCAAAGUAUACAUAAUACAAUUUUUUGGUGGAUUUCUUUUACUAUUUUCACUGGAAUUACAUUUUAUUUUGUUACUCAAGAAAUUCGUAGUUAUUUCGAAUAUUCGACUCAAACAUCAGUAAAUAUUGUUAGUGAAUGGCCACAACAUUUUCCAGCAUUUACCAUUUGUAAUCUUGCUCCCGUUCGUUAUGAUCGUUUCAUUAAACCAUUUUUAAACUAUACAACUAUGCUUAAUAUUACUAAUACAAAUGAUACGACUUCAAUUUCGUUACUUCAAGCUAAAUAUAUGAGUGAUUUUUUUCAAAUGAAAAUAAAUCGAAAUGAAUCUGUGAAAGAAUUCUUUUUUCCACUCAGUACAAUGCUUAUGAAAUGUGUAUUUAAUGGAUAUUCUUGUUCAGCAGUAAACUUUACUUCGUUUUCAUCAUCUUCAUACGGUCGUUGUUAUACAUUUAAUGCUAAAUUGAAAAAUAUUAAUCAUGUACACGAUAGUAAUGAAUAUGGUGGACCUGGUCGUCUGAAUCUACGUUUUUAUGUUCAUAGCCAUCAGUAUGUACCAUAUAUAAGAGAAGGUGUCGGUAUGAUAGCGAUGGUGCAUGAUAAUGCACAAUUACCUUUGAUUGAUUCUGCUGGUAUGGCAUUAGCAACUGGAUUUAAACAUAGAAUUACAUAUACCAAAAAGAUUGUCUCAUAUUUACGUUCUCCUUAUUCGACAUGUGAUGAAAAAAUACCUCCUAUGAUGCAAGCUAUGUUUGAUAAUUAUCAAGGCGCUGAAUAUGGAUACUCAGAAGAUAUUUGUUAUGAAUUAUGUACACAAGUAUUUACAUAUCAACAAUGUGGCUGUAUCAAUCCGAUACAAUGGAAUACUCGUUUGAUUUUUCUACCAGAGACUGAAGAAAUAAUUAUGGCUCCUUUAUGUAAUACAUCUGAUAAAUGUUACGUGGAAGCAGCUCAUGUCUUUUUGACGUCGUCAUCCUUGCUUGAGAAACAUUGUUCAUAUUGUCCACAGCAAUGUUCUGUUACAGACUUCAAUAUCAAAUCUUCACUAUGGAAAUCACCACCAACAUGGUUAAUCGAUGAUAUAAAAACAUUUGUUGAAAAUUCUGAAAUUCCAUUACCUAUUGAUUGGUCAACAAAUUGGCGUUCUCAUAUUGAUUCAAGUUAUCUUUCAGUCGAAUUAGUACAUGAAUCGAGUGUAGUUGAGAAUUAUACUCAAACAGCAACAAUGAGUGCAGUCGAUGUUCUAUCCAAUGUUGGUGGUCAAACAGGUCUUUGGAUCGGUGUUAGUUUUUUGUCUAUAAUGGAACUAGCAGAAAUGGUCUAUCGACUUGUACGAUACCAAUACCAUGCUAUUCGAAGAACUCAUAAUAGAACUGAAGAUGAUAAUAAAGUUUAA